AUGAGAUCUACCUCCGCCGUUGUCGCCGCCACUCUGGCCGGAUUCGCCUCUGCCUGCUCGACGCCUGGAAACUUCGUCGUCACCUUUUACGGCUACCCCGACAAUGACCCUCCCGGUCCCGCCACGGCCUACAACUGCGGCGGUCGCAACAACCGUGCCGGCGGCACGGGAACCUACAACGACCCCGUCACCAUUGCCACCGCCCCCGGCGAGCUGAACCAGUGUGAGAUUGUUUACCUGCCUUUCCUCACCAAGUACGGCCGUGUGGAGGACUACUGCGCCCAGUGCGAUGCCGACAACAAGCGGGGCCAGCCUCACAUCGACAUCUGGACCGGUUCCUCUACCCAGAACGGCGGCCAGGCCCAGAUUGACUGCGAGAACCGUCUCACCCCCGGCGGUCGCUACUCCAUCGUCCGCAACCCCCCAAAGAACUAUGGUGUCAACCGUGAGUCUGUCCUCGCCCGCGGGCUAUGGACCAAAUCCAUGUGCUAA